GGAUUCAUUUCCGCACGGUCCUACUAAAUACCACACGGACCACGUACGACAUCACACGAAUGCGAAAUGUAUUAAAAUAUUACUACACGAGAGUAGAAAACGGCUUGAUAAUAAAUAAAAACCACCUUUUAUAGUGAUAGUUGUCCGAGUUAUGGUAAAAAGUGACUAAUUUUUAACAGUAUUUUUUUACAGAAGGUAAUGCGUUGACAUUGAGUACUCUAACGCAUUGACGUCUGCAGAAACGCGUUCAACCAUGAUCUUUUAAAUAGGCCUACUACACUCAGUACGUAUGUUAUAUUUCAUUGAGAGACUAUUAUUUUAAAAUAUUCAAGGCACACCACAUAAAGGCUAAUGAACUUUAACAUUGUAAAUAAUAAAAAGGAAAAAUUAAUAGUAUUUGUUGUUAAAAUUACUACUUUAUUAUGUUAUAAGUAAUAUACAUAAUUGUACUAUUUACUAUUAUCAUUAUCACAUAAUUAUUAUUAUAUUAUAAUGUAAUAAGUCUUAUCUAUUUAAAUUAUGUAUAUUACAAAAAUGGAAAAUUUAAUAAAAAUAGUUCUUGCAAAUAAGAUUGAAAUAAUGGUAGGUGUGACUCCCACGGAAGAGAAAGAUUGUCAGUUCAGAUUUCAUUCCGUGAGUUAUUAGGGGUUUUGUUUGUUGCCUUUUUAAUAAUAUAUUUCAGUGUAAAAACAAUUGAGUUAAAAGGAGAUUGUAAUAGUGUAAAAUAUAUUAUAAAUAAAUAGAUUCAGGACAACCAAUAUAUCUGAAGUUAAGAAUUAGAUUCCAUUAGGAUACGAGUAAAAUAUAAAUAAACAGAUUCAAUAUUAAAAAAUAUAUUUAUUUAUGAUACAUUUUAAAUUAUAACACAUUCCAACAAAUGGCUGAAUUCGUUCCUGCUGACACGUAAAUGCGUUAUAGAUCCACAAUGUCAACGCAUUACUUACCGAGGCCCGAUGGGCAAAACCAACAGAAUCGAUUUUUAACGGAAUUUUGACGAUUAUCGUUCUAAAAGUUGGUUACUAUUGAUUAUUAAGCAGUUUUCUACUCUCGUGUGGUAAUAUUUUUAUCAUUUUUGCAUCCGUGUGGUCCGUGUGGUAUUUAGUAGGACCCUUUCCGCAAACAUUUUCCAUCAAUAUAUGUAUGCUAUUUAUUGACCGGGUCUCGUUUUUUCCCAAUUGAUUAAAGGGCAAGCGAUUCCAGUUCUUGUUAUUUUUUUUAGAAAUAUAAACUGUUCAUAUAGGCCUGUCUGCUUUAAAGAUAACAGCUAGAUUAACUUAAGAAAGAUCUUUCUGCAGUUGCAGAAACUUGACUUGACCAUUUUGGCUAAAAUCUGUCAAGUAACAUCUAGUGUGCGUCACGUCGGUAACGUCUAGUAAUGCAUGGAUUUCAAUGUCAUCCGCCAAAAUAUAUUUUUACAAUAAAUCAGACCAUCUAUGCUUCCUGAUCCUUACAGAUGCACAUUUAUAUUCCUACACUGAUGAAUAAUUUCCUAUAAACUGGGUCUCUAUGUAUCGUAUUUGGGUCUCCAAUUUUACCAGGGUUAAACAUUUGGGUCCUCAAAAUAAUUGAAUAAAAAUUUCAAUUUGCUUCCGAAACUCAGGACUAUAGAUUCGUUUACUAAAAUAGUAAUAUCGUUUUGCACCCGAUUCUAAUAAAUCUGAUAAGUAUCAGUUUCGGUGACAUCACCAUUCAUGAUGCCGUCACCAAACCUGAUUAGGGGAUUCUGAUCAGGUGAUUGAUGGCUGGUGCUGUCACCAGUAUAGAAGUGUAUCAGCAUAUUAUUUAAUUGUCACCGAAACUUAUCACUUAGGUAGAAUCGGCUGCGUUUUGGCAACCCCAUGAGAGGAACAAUUAUUAGAUCACACAAAGAAUCGCCAAAGAAAAACAAUGGUGCCAUUUAGGUUUCAGUUGCGUUUUGGUCCCUCGGCUACUUUGUCUCUACUUUUAUUAACAUGUUCUUGCAUAAUAUUAUGGGGUGUACAUCUAAACAGUAAAAAUAGUACAAAUCAUUUUGAAGAAAAUGUCUUGACUCAUGUGCCACGAAUCUCGCUGACAGUACAGAAAAAAGACGCUCAAGACUUGAUGAAGAAUACUGUUGUUCUAUCUUCAACCAAUUCUGGAUUUUUAGAUAUGGCCAUAAAUUGGCUUGAAUCCAUCAAGAAACUUGGGAUACGCCCUAAUAUUAUUCUGGUCGCGGAGGACGAAGAAGCAUAUGAGAAACUGAAAUCAUAUAAAGAUUCUACAACGUAUAUUCGCAAAGGUAGUUCCCUUCAAUCAACGAACAAGUCGAAACUGGUGUACAACACUCGUGAAUAUAAAAAACUUGUGUACAGACGUCCAAAAUAUAUUUAUGAUGAACUUCAGAAGGGUAAAAAUGUGUUCUUCUGUGACGUGGACACGUUUUGGUUGAAGGAUCCUUUUCCAUAUUUCGUCGGAGAUUAUGACGUCAUUUUGCAAAGAGACGUUUAUUUUAGAAAACGUCGUGUACCUAUCACUUAUUGUGCCGGUAUGGUUUACUUUCGCUCUUCCACACCUGUAAAUAGAUUUGUCUACAAAUGGUCGCAGAUGACACUGAAAGAAAAAUAUGACAGUAAAGCUAAUGAUCAAACAAUUUUGAAUAAGCUACUAAAUUCUCCAGAUUUUAAAGCUAGAUUAAAACGAAAAGUUCUGGGCUCACAUGAGUUUCCAAACGGACAAAUGUAUUUCAAUAACACGAUGUCUAAUUAUCAACACAAAGCUGUUAUUGUUCACAACAACUGGGUAGUAGGGCACGAUAUAAAAAAGAAACGCUUCCAAGACGCAAGCUUGUGGCUUGUUGACGCUUUCCAGGCGUGAAAUGUGAAAGGGCCUACUAAUUUCUCGUUUCAAACAAAGGGUCAAGUGACAGGGACUUGCUCAUUAACAUAUAACAAUAAUCCUUGUUUAGGCAGGUUUUUAUCAAAAUGGAGGAUCGUAUAAUGUAAUAAGCCAACCGGGUAUUCCGUUUUUGUCUAGGAAUAACUGAAGGAACUGUGUUUCAAAAUUCCGAGUUUCUUUACUAACUUGCGAAGUACUGUUACUAUUAAGUCAGUAAGUAGGUUACUUAAUACCUUAGUUACUUGGUAACUGAGUGUGUUUGGAAAAAAACAAGCCUGUUAUACUAUUAUUAAUAUAUAUUUUUAUAAGAACUGGCACCAUAAUUAUUAUAAAUGUACAUUUUUCUAAUCUAGAUUUUGUCUUCUGAUACAUUCUUCAAUGAAAUUUCACUUUUUAGUUAGAUUCCUUCUGGGAGAGCUUCUUUUUGGAAUUGAAAAAGGUCUUACCAAUAUCAAGAUCCACCAAACGAUUCUGAAAAAAAUAAUGUAUAAAUCAAAUAGAUAAUAGAGUUCUCAAAUAUAUAGGGACAUGAUGUUAUCCUCCAUGGUCAACACAGUUGUAUCAUGGGAGAAAGAAAAGCAGUGCCCUUCUUUCCUCCAUGGUUGUAUGAAAAAAGAGGUGUCUUGUGGGGACCGAAAUCGCUCGCGAUAGUAUGCCGGCUUGCUUUGGACUUAACUAUUGUUUUUCAAACUGUAUAUUACCUCCCAACAGUAUCUGAGAAUGUUUAUUUUAUCUCAAGCGUUUGACAAAAACUACAGUAGUCGAAAUAUUCGUUGCAAUAAAUCGUAUUGUUUCUAAAGUCA